CGACAGAUGAAACAUUUUGUUUGUUUAUCUACAAUAAAUUACAAUUGUCGUCUUAAACGAUACCACAAGUUUACAGUUAAAUAGACAUCAAGCAGAGCAUUGAAAUGAUGUCCAAACUUGUGUAAAAAAAGCCACCAGGACAUCUAUUUUUCAUAUAAAACAUGUAUAUGAUAAACGUCCUACUAAUCGUUUUCCUGUGCACCGGAUUAUCUCAUGGAUAUUUUAAAAUUAUAGCAGAUGAUGGGGAUUUAACAUGUAGACCUAGUGGUGUGGAAUGUCUAAACGCAAAUACUUUUACCACUUGUUCGAAUAUCGGCAGCGUAACAUCUUUACAUGCUAUCUUGCGCUGUCCUGAUGGCUAUCACUGCGAUGAUUCUACAUCUAUACCGUGUCAACCAUCCACAGAAGCAUCAACAACAAGCAGUACAGUCGCUAGUACGUCCACUGAAGUUCCAAGUAGUGCAUCAACCACAACUGAGAAGACGAACUCACCUGUUUCAACGAUAACUUCCUCUAGUACAGUAGAAAGUAGUACUACAUCUAGUGCUACAGUAAACACAAGUACAACGAAGAAGAAAGUGCCCAGACCUUCUGGUCCGCCACAAUGCAAUGCAGUUGGACUUUAUCCUGCUCCUCAGUGUAAUCAGUAUUACGAAUGCGUACAAAGUACUUAUUUGUUUUUCUGGACAUCUUAUUCAGCAGAAUUAAGAACAUGCAUAGAUGGCGAUUACUAUGAUACCGAACGAAAACAAUGCAUUUUAGCUUCUUUAAGUGAUUGUGAAGUGUGAAUGUAUUUAACUAAUUUUGAACAUAUAUAAUUAAAAUAAUUGGUAGUACUUUUUUAAACAUAAAAAUAAAUAAAAAAAUUAACUUUAGUAGAAUUGAACUAAAUUAUUUUAAUAAUUAAUAUAGCAUUAAAAUAAAAAGGAUAUACUCAU